ACACAAUAGUUAUUGGAGAAAGUGAGAGAUGGAAGAGGUUAAAGGUCUUCCUACACUUUUUCCUUCAGAUGAGGGAGAUGGAAGGGAGAAUAUAGCUUCAGAUAUCACUCAGCUUGUGGGCUGGACACCACUGGUAGAACUGAAACAUAUUGUUCAAAAUGAAGGAUUGGAUAUUAGAAUUGUCGGAAAGCUUGAAUCUUAUCAACCUCUUUCUUCUAUUAAAGACCGAAGUGCGCUAAGAAUGAUAGAAGAUGCAGAAAAGAAAGGUGUCAUAAAACCCGGUGUUACUACACUUGCAGAGCCAACCAGUGGAAAUCUUGGGAUCGGUUUGGCAUAUAUUGCAAUCAGAAAAGGUUACCGAUUCAUCGCAGUUAUGCAAGCUCAUUUUUCGAUUGAUAAACGGAUGCUAUUGAAAUAUUUGGGUGCUGAAGUUUUAAUUACAGAUCCGAAACUCGGCUUUCAAGAACAAAUUAGAAGGAUUGAGCAACUGAAAGAAAGCGAUCCAAAUGUUUACGUUCUUGAUCAGUUUGCUAAUCCAGCAAAUCCAGAAGCACACUUCACGGGAACCGGACCCGAAAUAUGGAAAGAUACAGCAGGAAAAGUAGACAUAUUAGUGUAUGGUUCCGGCUCGGGUGGUACUCUAACCGGUGCCGGUCGAUAUCUCAAGAUGAAAAACCCUGAUCUGAAGAUCAUUUGUGUUGAACCUGCAGAAAGCCCUGUUAUUUCAGGUGGAAAACCAGGACCACACAACAUACAAGGUCUCAGUCCAGGUUUUGUACCAGUGAACUUGGAUACAUCAUAUCUUGACGAAAUCAUCACUGUGACGACAGAAGAAGCGAUGGCAAAUGCGAGAAGGAUUGCUCGGGAAGAAGGCAUUCUUGUCGGUAUAUCUUCAGGAGCCAAUUUGGCAGCCUGCCUCAAGGUUGCAUCAAGAGCAGAAAACAAGGGGAAGAUGAUUGUGACCGUCUUUGCGAGUGGCGGUGAGCGAUACAUCAGUACAGAGCUGUUUGACAAUGUGAGGGAGGAAUGUAUUAACAUGAAAUUUUGAAACAUGUUUUAAUGAAUGUAUUCAGUUGAAAACAUGUCUUGUCUGAGUUUAUUUGGUCUUAUAACCGAAAUACGCCUUAUUUGGUA